CGGUGAUGUUGUGAGAAGAGAAGAUGUUUGGAUGCCCUAGUCAUGUACCGUACCGUAUAUUUGGAUCCAAAAGGACCCCUUGUUUCUGUCCCAGCCAGCAGAGCCCUGUAAGCCCAUCCGCCUCGAAAGCUGUCCACUUCAUGUCUCCCAAUUGAUUCACCUCGCUUACGACCCAAUGCUCCCUCGAUAAAAUACACCUUACGACCGCGCGAGCGUCGUCUACAAUUUCGAUGAAUGGCUUUGCGGACCGCGGCCUCGACGAGGACGCUUUUGGGGAGAAGAAUGCUCUGGGCGUGAUAAAAGCAUUCGACGCCUUUCCCAAGACGAAACCCUCGUAUACUCAGCAGACCUCGUCGGGUGGAGUCUGGACAUUGGUGCUCAUUGCUCUUUCGACAGUACUGGCAUACACGGAGGUCACGCGAUGGUGGUCCGGCACAACAACACAUUCCUUCUCCGUCGAGCAGGGUGUCGGACAUGAUCUACAGAUCAACGUCGACCUCGUGGUGGCCAUGAAAUGCGAGGACAUACACAUCAACGUACAGGAUGCGGCCGGAGAUCGUGUUUUGGUCGACAAAGCCGUGAAGGAAGAUCCGACGCUGUUCAGGUUAUGGGGCGAAAACCACGGUGCUCACACCCUCGGAGCAUCGUUGAAGGACCGGCUGGAAGUGGACGGAAAUCGGAUUGUGCAAGCGGAGUACGAAGAGGAGGAUGUUCACGACUAUCUCAGUCUUGCUCGUGGGGGCAAGCGAUAUCAGUAUACGCCCAGAACACCGAGAAAUGAAGAGGCGGAUAGCUGCAGGAUAUACGGCAGCAUGCAUAGCAACAAAGUGCAGGGCGAUUUCCAUAUCACUGCAAGAGGGCAUGGAUACAUGGCGUACUCGCAGCAUCUGGACCAUAGUGCCUUCAACUUCAGCCACCACAUCAACGAGCUGUCCUUUGGUCCGUAUUAUCCAAAGCUCGUCAACCCCCUGGACAGCACUUAUGCCAGGACCGAGGCGCACUUUCACAAAUUCCAAUACUACCUCUCCGUUGUGCCCACCAUCUACACGGUCGACGUCAAUGCUCUGAAGAGGAUGGACAGCAAAUACGAAACACCCUCCUCCGGCGACGAUGGGUUGAACCAGCAUCCGCGCCGCGUGACCCAACACAGCGUCUUUACCAAUCAGUACGCUGUCACAGAGCAAUCGCACUCAGUGCCGGAAAAUCACGUACCUGGAAUCUUCUUCAAGUACGAUAUUGAGCCUCUUCAACUUACAAUCGCCGAGGAGUGGACAUCUGUGCCGGCUCUUUUGCUUCGCAUCGUGAAUGUCGUCUCGGGACUGCUGGUCGCAGGCGGCUGGUGCUUCCAGCUCAGUCAAUGGGCGCAGGAGAUUUCUGGUAGGAAGAGAGGCAGGACCAAUAGCUUUGGCAUGUUCGCUGGCGCGUACAAUGAGAAGGCAGCGAUGAUGAGUUAA